AUGGCCGACACUCACCUCCAGAACAUCAUACCAUUCUCCGAUACCACGAAGCUCCACAUCGUGUACAACGAGUACCUCGCCGAACUCGCGCAUGUGGGUGCAAACUGCCUUGACACUGAUCCCGAAGGUGUGGCGUCCACAAUAGCCUACUUUUGCGAUGCGUACCGUCAAGUGAAAAGCGCUCGUGGAGACAUCGAAGCUCGUCUUCGCACAGGUACCGAUCUCUUGGUGGACUUCGCCCUUGGCACAUUUGGACACCAACUUGUUCCCGGAAGCGGUGCCAAAUGUGAGGGACGCACCGAAGCGCAGUUCUGGAUUCCACCUUCCGAGAAUGGACCGAAUCGAAUUCCUCGCACGGAUAUGGCGCUCGUCUUCUUCAUCGAACUUGACCGCAAUCUCGAGGUCCAUGAAGUGAAACUCCUCGAAGAGACCUGGUUUUUCAACGAUCCCUGGUGGGAGGAUCCUCUGAUGAUCGGGUUCGCGGCUGGGUUCGUUGAACACAAGAGGGAGGAGCAAGUCAAGACGGCGGUGAAUCAGAUCUUGAUGGAUCUCGUUUCAUCAGCACGCUUCACCUAUUUCAUCGGGCUUCGUGACUUGCCUAUCUGGGGGUGCGUGGUGACGGAGCGCGCGUUCACUAUCUUCCGCACCAAGCCGACUCCACCAAACGAAAAGAUCGACAUCUACAGAUACGAAUCUUGGCCCAUUCGCACGUUCUCUGACUACAUGAAACUCUACUUCUUCUUCGCCGACGUGCGCAACAGCACUCUCGAAUUCUUGGCUAACCGGAAACUCAACACCGACGACAUCCCGUUCAACCCGAACGAUACCUGGCGGACUGGUCACGAUGCGAUUGUCGGGGACGGCGACAGGACUGGGCCUGGUGGCAACGUCGGCGGUGGAGGUACGGGUGGCGGCAAUGGUGGAAGUGCGGGCCAUAGUGGCAAUGCUGGUGGUGGUGGCAACAGUCAAGAUGCGGCUAGGGAUGACGGUGAAGAUUAUGUUGACUUUGGCGAGGACGAUGGCGGCAAUGGUGAAGUGAGCGACGGGACCGCCAGCAGACGCAGCCCUGCAUUAGCGACCCCUGCCGAUGGUGUUUAUAGCCUCAACUCGAACAUCGUGGCCCCCAAACCUGUGGCCGCCAAACCUGUGACGCCAUUGGUGCAUGGUCUAUUCACAAACCAAGGAGACCUGUCAUUCACGGUGUCGAAGGGACACGCGCUCGAUGAUCUUGAUAUUGGGGUCUCCGCAUCAGAGUUUCUGGAUUAG